CCGAAAUUCGGCUGACAUUUCGCCUGGAAAUCUGCAGCGGCUUAAAAUCGCGUGCUCGUCUCCCCUCCGCCAUGGGACAAACAACCUCCCAACCAGACACGAUGGCGUCGCAAGCAACAAGGAUGCCUGCUCUCGCCUCCGCGGCUCCGGCGCAAACCUCGACGUCCGACGCGGCCGAGAAGCCCAGGCCGUGUUGCGUCUGCAAAGACGAAAAAGCAAAGCGCGACGAGUGCAUGCUCUUCUCAAGCGCCAAGGAUCCGGAGGAGGAUUGCACGACGACCAUUCAGCAGUACCGGAGCUGCAUGGAAGGCUUCGGCUUCAAGGUCUGACAAGUCACACAGCGACCAUAGCACCGUUAUCAAGUGGCAGUGCCAGCUCUGUACGAUUUACUACCCGUGGCGCCGUGAUCUAGGGCUGGAUUAUAGCGCCAUUGUACAUACGAUACGGACUCGUGUCCGCUGGAAAAACAGGAUAGACCGGCGUUUGGCUCUGUUCAAAUAACAAGACACAGAACUCAUCCCUCAGCCAUGAUUUACAAGCCCAGCAAGCCUCCUCAGCGAAGGGGGGAGCAUCAUUCGACAGUGCUCCAUUCCCCGGAUCGUGGCCA